AAAACCAAAGACAACGCGCUCCGUAACUAACUAACUUGCUGAAAACGCACACAAAAACAGUUACAACAGAAAACAUGAUGAGGGAAGGAACAAACAUCAAUAUUGGCGGGAGUUGCAGCUCCCCCAACAACUGGUCACGUGCCUGCGACACGUGCCGCUCUGCACCCUGCGUGGUGUACUGCCGCGCGGACUCUGCCUAUCUCUGCUCCGCAUGUGACGACAGAGUCCACGCGGCAAACAGGGUGGCGUCGAGGCACGAGCGCGUGUGGGUCUGCGAGGCCUGCGAGCGUGCUCCGGCAGCCUUCCUCUGCAAAGCCGACGCCGCCUCUCUCUGCUCCUCCUGCGACUCCGACAUCCACUCCGCCAACCCCCUUGCCGGCCGCCACCACCGCGUCCCCAUUCUCCCCAUCUCAGGCUGCUCCUCGCUCAUCCGAGAAGGAGAACAAAAAGAAGGAGAACCAGAAAGAGAAAAUGAUCACGUGUUUGAAAUUGAAGGUACAAUUAAUAAUCAGAAUUAUAACCAUGGAUGUGAAAUGGAGGAUGAGGAGUGUGAGGGUGAUGAUGAGGCUGAAGCUGCUUCGUGGUUGUUGCCGCAUCCUAUGAGGAUGGGUGGUAACGAUGAGAGUGAUGGGUUCUUGUUUUGUGGUGGCGACGGUGACGGCGAUGGUGAUGAGUACUUGGAGUUUGUGGAUUGUGAUGAUGAUAAUAAUAAUAAUAAUAAUAACCAGUUUAGUUGUCUUGAUCAUGAUCAAGAUCAAGAUAUGCUGCAUAACUAUGGCGGCGAUCAUAAUCAGGGAAACAACCAUGACAGCGUGGUUCCGGUUCAGAUGCAACAGUGUUUCGAGUUUGACUCCUCUAAAGUUGGUGCUGGAUUCAGUUACAAUGGUUCUCUUAGUCAAAGUGUUUCAAUGUCAUCCAUGGAAGUUGGAGUUGUACCAGAAUCAACGUUGAGUGAUGUGUCAAUCUCACAUUCAAAGCCACAAAUAGGAACAAGUGAGCAAUUUCCUCCAAUGCCUAUGCCUUCAUCACUUCUAACUCCAAUGGACAGAGUAGCCAGAGUUCUAAGAUACAAAGAGAAAAAGAAAACAAGAAAGUUUGAGAAGAAAAUAAGAUAUGAAUCAAGAAAGGCCUAUGCAGAAACCAGGCCACGUAUUAAGGGUCGUUUUGCAAAGAGAACAGAUGUAGAAGCUGAAGUUGAUCAAAUGUUAUCAUCAACCCUAAUGUCAGAAGCUGGAUAUGGCAUUGUUCCUUCCUUCUGAAGAAAUCUGCUAUGUUGGAUAUUGUUUUUGAGAUAAUAGACGCGAAAAUUAGUUUGAUCUUAGAGAC